CAUAUUUAUGUUAUAAGAAUUCUCCUGAUAAUCACGUUCAAUGUAUUUCUUUACAGUUACGCCAAUGUUAACCGUUAUUUAGCUAAACGCCUACAGUCGGUGCGAGUUAUUUAUCGACAGCCUCGCUAUAUCAGUGCUGUUUACUGUAAAGCACACGCGCUUCCAGCGGGUGCGUUCUCGCGCACAGAAUUCCUAGCUCGGGCUGCCGUUGAGCGCGCGCUCGAGAGACGCGGGAACGGCGCUGCCUGGUGGACGGAUUAGACCAGGAUCGUGAACUCCAGUGCCGCUGUUGUCUGUUUAUGAAGCCGAAUCCUCGUGACACUUAUAUGAAUAAGUGUGAACCUGAAUUCCGAUGUCCCCGCCUGGACGUACGAGUAAUAAAUUGCCUUGAUACAAAGCGGAUUUAGUUUAUGACAGAUGAAUUUUGGAGACGCUACCAUCAGACCUCCUGUAGGGAGGAGAAUGAAGGCCAAGGCCCCACCUCCACCUCAACCCCCUCAGCCUGCCCCCCGCAGGAUCUUCCGUAAUGCUGUUCCUGAUGGAGGAGGAUCUUCAGUGGGAGACAGCAAGGAAAACAUGCUUCGACCCUCUGUGGACCUCCAUAUCAGUCUGCCUUCAGGGUAUCAGACCACCGUCAAUGUGGAUGGCAGAAAAGCUCUGAUGGAUUUGUUGGUGGAUCUGUGCAGUCAGUAUCAUCUGAAUCCAACAUAUCAUACCCUGGAGCUGCUGUCACCCGAUGCUCAACCUGUCAUUUUUAAGCCCAACGCCCUGCUGGGCGCCUGGACGUCUCCUGCGCCUGAUCAAAGAACGAGUGCUGGAGGACAAGGUGAUCCGAAACCUCCACCCAAGAUGCCAGAGCCUGGCUGGCUGGCCCCUCUCUUGCUCCUCUCCCACGUGUCCGACCUCCGGGCAAAAAAAACUGUGCGUUUGGUGGUAAACUAUCACCGCAGUCAGAAAGCAGUUGUUCGUGUAAAUCCACUGGUCCCACUGCAUACCCUGGUGCCUGUGAUUUGUCAGAAGUGCGAGUUUGACUCGGCCCAUGUCUUGCUGUUCAAAGACAAUAUCAGCCAUCAACAGCUGGACCUGGACAAGUGCCUGAGCGAGCUGGGUAUCAGAGAACUCUAUGUGCUGGAUCAAACACUAGUUCUCCAGCCUAAAAUGGCUUCGACACCUGCCCUGAACUACUCAGCUGAAUCUCUUCACUCCAACAGUCUGAGUGGAUCAGAGAAAAAGAGCCUGCUGGGCUUCCUCAAGUUUAAUCGCAGGAAAUCAAAGACUGAAGAUCAGUCCUCUGAGGACAUGGACAGUCUUGAUGAUGAUAGUGUUGUUGACAUUGCAGACACUAACAUUAAUGCGGAUCCUUCUACUUUCAGACCUGCCAACCUGUAA